GGUUAUUUUCAAGACCGGAAGUUUAAAGAAAAUGGCGUCACCGGUUACAUGUUUAUGUUUUGGAGCAAACCUUUUUCUACUGUUUCUUCAAGUUUUAGCGGGGUAAAAUAUUUAAAUGUCUUUUAAAACUUUAAAAUUUUAUAUUUAUUUCAAUAUUUUCGUGUUUUCAUAUCUUAUUUAACACAAGGAAUUGUAUAAUUUAAAUAGAUUUAAAACGAAAGUUGGGUGUUUCUAAGUUCUAUUCACAACGUGAAUGCGUGGUCCGCUGUGAUUGGCUGGAUCGCUAUACUGUCGAUAUUUUACUUCUCAGUUCUACGUUGCGUGAUUAUAGUAUUGUAAUUACAAAUAUAUCUUAGGCUUUACAAUUUAUAUUGGCAUAGUCCCUGUAAAUGUAUAUAUUAUAUGGUUAAUGAAUAUAUCCUAUGUUUGAAAUAUAAUUAUAAAGCUCUUCCUUGGCCCUGCUUGACCUGACUUUACUUACUAUUAUUACUAAUAAAUAACUUCACUGAUUCACUACUUUCAAUAACAUUCUCAUUUAUGGCUGCUGACUAGUCAUACUAUUCAUACCCCGGGUUCCAGAAGUGAGAGGUUGGGACUAAAGAACUAUUUAAAAUAUUAUUGAUGGAUUUAUUAGACAAAAUAAGGUAUCAAAUGAAAGAUAAUUGAAUGGACUAAAUAAUAAGUAGCCACUUCGAUGAGAUCCGGGAAUUGCCGAAACCGGUUUUCGUGAUUUCGUUAUCAAAAUGGUGACCUCCACUUUUUAAUUUACAGAGAGCCUCGUUUACAAUUUGUUUUUUAAUUAUAGCACAUUCUGUUUCUGCCCACAACUUUACGUUGUUUUAUGAUUAGACACUUUAGUUCUAAUAAAUAUUUGAGGUCUUAACUUUGAAAAUUGAAGGUAAAAUAAUGCUUAUUUUACUCAUUCAUAUUUAUUUAUUUUUUUGGAAAGGGUGUCUUUCUUAAAUAAAAAGAUGACGGGAGAUAAUAGCAUAAAUUACAACAUAUAAAAAAUUCAAGAGGUUAGCACCCAGUUCAAUGGUAAAAACAUGCCUACCAAAUUUUUGCCAUGUGUGUCCCAAAAUGAAAUAUUAUCGAUAACUAUUUUUAAUAAUGCAAAAAAAAAAAAAAAUGUAAAUAACUUGAUUUACAAUGGAAAUCCAGCUUAUUACUCCAAAAUAACUCAUUCAAAAGCAAAAACAAAUAAUUUAAUAACACAGAUACCUAUUUUAACAACAUAAAUAUAUAUUUUUAACUUGUUUUGAUGCUUUCAUUGAGGGUAUUGACUUGGGUAGUGGGUUAAACUGAAUUUAUUAUAAGCCUCAUUAUUAUUAUAAUUAAUAUAUUAAAUAUAACAGUUUAAUAUAUAUACAGGUCUAGAAAAGUAAAGUAUUUUAAGUAUAGGCCUAGCUCCACCCCCAACUCAUUAUUUGUGUGACACAUUAUUUGUUAUUUGUAAUGAAUUUAAUGUAAAUAUUUUAAUGAAUAUUAUGAUUCUUAAUGCAUAGAUUAAGCAAAAAUGUAAACAAAAAAAUUGUCACUUAGCUUUCAUAUUGAAAUAUUCUAUAUUUAAGCACAAUAUUUCACAAGAGAAUUAUUACAUAAUCUUUGGUAUUCUCAAAGAAAAAACACACUUUCUGCCACAAUAGUCCAAGAAUUACUUAUGAUAUUAUUAAUAAUAUUAAAGAAGAAUCAUAAAAACUUAUACUUACCACAAGCGAAUGACUAGAACUUAUUUUAGUUUGUAUAAACCACCAAAGUUGAUUCUAUCAAUGCAUGUUAAUUUGUGAAACAAGAUUACUAACUUGUAAAAAAAAUGAAAUACUAUUUUUUUGUCAUAUUCAGACAUUCAAAUGAUAUGGGACUAAAUAUAUAUAGAAAAUGGUAAAAUAAAAAGUGUAAUCGUAAAUUUUAACUAAAUGAAACAAGUAAUCCCAUUAUUAUUAGUUUAUACUUAUAAAUGUUAAACAAUUCCACAGAAAAUUUGAAAUUUAUAUCUAAAGAACAUUUAUUAUUAUGAUUUUAGAGAAAUUUAAAAAAAAUAUUUAAACGAAAUUAAUUAAUUAAUUUCAAGUAAGUGACGAGUCAGCAUAUAUAUACUUGUUUUAAAGGAAAAAAAUCAAGAUUUUUUUUUUUUUUGCUGAAUAUUAACAAAAACUAACUUAUAUUUUUUGACUUUUUUAGAAGUACUCUUAUUUAACUAUUUUUCUUUUAAAUAUUAUCUUUUUGUCUCAUUUUACAAUAAAGUUAUAGGCAUUCAAAAAAAAAAAUUUUUAAAGGAAAAAAAUCAAGAUUUUUUUUUUUUUUUGCUGAAUAUUAACAAAAACUAACUUAUAUUUUGUGACUUUUUUAGAAGUACUCUUAUUUAACUAUGUUCCCUGUAAAUAUUAUCUUUUUGUCUCAUUUUACAAUAAAGUUAUAGGCAUUCAAAAAAAAAAAAGCAAUUUGAGGGUCACGAAAUGUGGAGGAAAAUCCCAUAGUAAAAAAGUGCCUUUGAGGUUCCUACUAAAAAAUUCAUAACUUUUGAACCACUUGAGCUAGAAAGUUGAUCUUGGUGUUUUUGUAAUUUAUUCUCCAGGCUCUAUACAGCUGUAGUAUUUUUAUAUUUUUACAAAUGUUUUGAAAUUUUCAUAAAAGUGCCUAAUAAUAAGUAAUAAUAUGUUUGUAAAUUUACUUCUUCAGUUUAACUAAAAUAAACUAUCACAAAUGACAUCGGAAUAGCAUUGGUCUAAUGGGACCCGGCUGCGAAUGGCGGCGUUGCGUGUCCAUUCAAUUUUCUUUCAUUUAAUACCUCAUUUUGUCUUACAAACCGAACAAUAAUAUUUUUUUUAUCCCAACCUCUGACUUCUGGUAGCCGGGUAGCGACUUCAUUCAUUUAUAUUAAAAAUAGGCUGCUGCUAUUCGGACCCGGUCCGAGAAGGGAUAGUUUAGGGUUAUUAAAAAACCGAGAAGUGAUAGUUUGGGGUUAUUAAAAAAUAUGUAAAAAUUAUUGUAGGGUUUGUAAGACAAAAUUUGGUAUCAAAUAAAAGAUAAUUGAAUUGACUAUAUGUUUGUAAACUUACUUCUUCAGUUAACUAAAAUAAGCUACCACAAAUGACAUCCGAAUUGAAUUUUUUUCAAAAUGGAACCGGAAACCGAUCGCCACUAUAUGGACCCGGGUCCCAUUCGACUAAUAAUGAGACUAAACUAUUGUAUUUUGGUUAUGUAAUUUAAGUUUGGGGUAACUUCUAUACAACUAUACAGUAUGCAAAUUGAUUCACAGACAUGAGACAAUGAUUAUCCUUCAUGAUAAUAAUUAGGGGCUUAUGAAUGUGAUUAGUAUAAAGUAACAUGAUUUAUUCACAGACUCAAGUUGUGCUUCAGUUGGAAAAAGUAUUUAAUUCACUUCAGUUUUUAGUAAUGUGUUUGUAAUUGACACUUGCAUUUCUCUUGAUGUUUGUAUAUAUAGAAGGGACUUCUACAGUAUACUUGGUGUCUCGAGGUCAGCUGAUAUAUAUCAGAUUAAAAGGGCAUACAGAAAGUUAGCCAAGGAAUUACAUCCUGAUAAAAACAAAGAUGACCCAGAGGCACAAGAAAGAUUUUCAACCCUUGGUGCAGCUUAUGAGGUAAGUAUGAUGGCUAAGAGAUGAAAUGAAAGGCAAUCACAUGUGGAGGUUGUCAUAACUCACAGAUUUAUUGUUUUAGUGAUUUACAUUUAAUUUUGUUUUACUCUGUAGCCUCACACUUAAACUUUGACCAACUACUUUAAGAAAUGCUUACAUUAUCAUGAUGUUUCUCUGUUGAAAUUUUUUUAUUUAUUUAAUUUGUGUGGCUCACUUUUUUAAAUAUUAAAAGUGUGUUAGGGGAAAUUAUAAAAGUAUAACAAACAAUAAGAUCAGAAGAAUGAUAUAAUAUAAAACUGGAAAAGUAUAAUGAACAGAUCGGGGCCUGGGACAAGGAGACUGGCUAUCAUGUGUCUUGGGUAGCAUCACUUUAGAAAAAGUUAUUAGAAGCAUACACGUGAGCACCAGAGGAACCGUAACAAGCUACUUACAGAGAGGUAUUACAGAACAACAACCAUCAGGAACCUUAUAUAGCCAACCAUUGCUGUACCUGGCAUAUGCAGACGAUAUAGCGAUACUGGGCAGAAACAGUUAUGACAUAGUUAAAGCAUUCAAGGAACUUUAAAAUGCCUCAGUCCAAGCUGGCCAUUGAUGCAAAGGAAACAAAGACAAAAUAUAUGCUAUGUCACGUGUUUGAGAGAGUGGCUACUUUCAAAGAUUUAGGGGCAACUAAACGAGCACAAUGAAAUAAUGUCAGGGGUCAAAGAAAGGAUAAUAGCUCGCAAUGGUUCCUAUUUCAGCCACCAAAAGCUACUGGGAAAGAAAAACCUGGUCAAGGGGAACAAAGAAGACACUAUACACCACUAUCAUAAGACCAGUAGUAACUUAUGCUAGUGAGACUUGGACCCCUACUAGAAAAGCAGAGAACCUUCUCAUUACAUGGGAGAGGAAAAUCCUCAGAAAAAUAUACAGCCCAGUGAUGGAAAAUGAUGUCUGGAGAAUCCAUACAAACCAAUAGCUAUUCCAAUUGUACAAAGACUCACCCAUAGACGCAACAAUAAAAAAAAAGGCAGGCUGCGCUGGGUAGGACACAUUGAAAGGAUGCUGUAGUGUAGAGCAAGAAAAGUGAUAUACAGGCAGAAACCUACGGGCAGACGACUCACUGGUCGCCCAAGGGUGAGAUGGAUCGACACUAUACAGAAGGAUUUACACCAGUUGAAGCUUCGCCCAUGAAGGAGGAAAGCCAUGGAUCGUUCCGAAGGGAAGAAUGUGCUGGAACCAAAAGAUUUUUGUACAGUUGGGCAAUAGAGCCAACUUGAUCCCCAUCCAUUUACCUUUCUAAAAAUAUAGAUUUAUUGGGGUCUUGUAUGAAUAUUUCUGUGCCAUUUAAUGCUAUUCCUAAAGGCAGUCCAAAAGCUCUGACAAGCUCCCACACUACACAAAGAUCUAGGCCACAGUUCCUGACAAAAUUACUAGUCAUGAAAAGCUGUGGUAAAACUAGCAUGGUUUUCAUCAUAAAAAAAUGUUUGAAAAUCUGUGCCAGUUCUUUUUUUUUUUUUUUUCGGUUCUCCAUUAAAUCAGGUUCUUUCCGAUGAGGAAAAACGAAAAAUUUAUGAUCAACAUGGUGAGGAAGGACUCAAGCAAGGUGACAUGAGAGGGGAUCCAUUUUCAAGGUAUGUAAAAAAAUUUGUUUAAAUUAUACUAUGAACAAAAUUAUUUUGAAGAUCAAUUUAAUCAAUGAAAAAUUGAGUAGUACUUUUUAUAAUAUUUGCAUGAGAUUUAAUUUAAUUCAUAACUAAAUUUUUAAAAUAUUUUUUUUAAAUAAAGCGGAACCAUUUCUGUGAAAGUUAAUUUUAUUAAAUUAUUAGAUUUUUUAAGUCAAGAAACCAAAUGCCAAUUUAUUCAUUACAGUAACAUACAUCUCAUUAAUUUUACAGUUUUUUUGGAGACUUCGGGUUUGGUUUUGGCAACGUUAGAGAGCAAGACAAAGAAAUUCCCAGGGGAGGUGAUGUGAUAUUAGAUCUUGAUGUUACAUUAGAAGAGCUGUACAAUGGAAACUUUGUCGAGGUAAUUGCUUAGUAGAACUGGGUUUGAGGCAAUUGCUUAGUAGAACUGGGUUUGAGGUAAUUGCUUUGUAGAACUGGGUUUGAGGCAAUUGCUUAGCAGAACUAAGUUUGAGGUAAUUGCUUAGUAGAACUGGGUUUGAGGUAAUUGCUUAGUAGAACUGGGUUUGAGGUAAUUGCUUAGUAGAACUGGGUUUGAGGUAAUUGCUUAGUAGAACUGGGUUUGAGGUAAUUGCUUAGCAGAACUAAGUUUGAGGUAAUUGCUUUCAUAGAACUAAGUUUGAGGUAAUUGCUUUCGUAGAACUGGGUUUGAGGUAAUUGCUUAGUAGAACCGGGUUUGAGGUAAUAGCACGGUAGAAAGGGGUUUGUCUUAAAUUUUCCUACGAACAUGCGUGGUUGGGGGGGGGGGGGGGGGGGGUAGAUAGUUAUUAAAAGGAUAAUUUUCAUAUUUGUUGGAUGGACUUAAAUAUAGUAUUCAUCAGGAUAACUGAUCUGCAGUAAUUAUAAAGCAGAAGCAAUUGCUAUUGAAGCAGCAUUACACUACCUAUCUACAAACUUAUCUCGGCAAACAAAGAACUGUGCAAAUCAGUACUUCAGACAGCUGGGCAUCAAGAUCUCACAAGAACAAUCGACCAGGAAAUGAAGGCGCAGACAAAAUAAUAAAACAGGGAGCCUUCAGUAAACAUCCAAACAUACCUACAUCACUCAACUUUACUAAGCAAAGAAGAGUGGUGAAAUGGAUGUGCUAUGUGCUCAACAGGAAGAUAUGUUUUCACACCCAUGCCUCUAAUGAUCCAAUAGAAUGUCCCCAAAGACAUGAACGGCUCACAAUCUUGCAUCUGCACACCUUAAGUGCAUAAAAUCAGACAAAGCACCACUGUGCCCCCCUCUGCAGACAUCCCAAUGAGACGUUACCUCUUCCACUGCCAACAACUUCAGAACUAACUCCUAAAUUUCGUACCAAAGACACCCUAUGUACAAUAUAAAGAACAGCUGCUAUGUGUGGCCACAGACCAAAGAGCACAUGUCCUAUGGUCUCUUGAUCUGAAUGAUGAUGUAUAGAAAAAGUCAAUUUUUUUUGUGUUAGCCCUGGAAAUUACCCUAAUUUUGCAAUAUAUUGAAAGUAAACAGAUCGUCCGAUAGGGGUAAUUUAUAAGUCGUUCUAGCUAUAACAAAUAAUUGAUGCACCAAGAUUACUUUAUAAUAAAUAGGAGCCAGAAUGAUCAAUUCAUUGAUCAUGAAGAAGAGAGAAGAUAAAUAUUUAAUAUAUUUUUAAAAAUCAUUGCAGGUAUUGCGUUACAAACCUGUUGCUAAACCAGCGAAAGGCAAAAGGAAGUGUAACUGUCGAAUGGAAAUGGUGACCCAGCAGCUCGGGCCUGGUCGAUUUUCAAUGACUCAGCAACAAGUAUGCGAUGAGUGCCCCAACAUCAAGUAAGUCGGAUCAAGAAAAUAUUUGAAUCAACUUUAUCAAUCUUUGAACUUAUUAAAACAAAGCUGUACUGGAGAACAUUUAUGUUUGAACAGCUGGUCCUGGAUGACAAACUAUCAUAAAUUUGAAAUAAAAUUGUUAUUAGACACAAAUAUUGUCUCAUAAAUUAUUAAUUAAAUAGAUCCUGUUGGCCUUAAGGUACUUCCACUGUUUAAUAAAAAGGGUGAUUAAAGGGACGUUACUCUUACCUUUUAGUUUGUUGUUUUUGUCAGAGUUGUGGUUAAUAGUUUUUUCGUCAAUGCGGUCUGAGUAAUGCAUGUUCAGGGUCAUUUAAAGUUUCUCAGCGGAUGUCAGUUGAUUUUUUUCCCCAAUAUAUUUUACUACUUGAAUUCUUAUGUCAACAGAUUUGUCCCCGAGGAGAAACUUCUGGAAAUAGAAAUUGAACCAGGCAUGAGGGAUGGUCAAGAGUAUCCAUUUGUUGCUGAAGGUUAGGAUUUAGUCAAUUUUUUGUGGUUUGGUUUAUUGCUGUCUUUCAGAAAUUUUAAUUUUACCGCAGCCAUUAUGUUAACAUUUUUUUUAUUUUUUAAGUACAUCUAAAACAGUUUGUGAAACAAAACCAUUGAUCUAGAUAUCAACAAAAACAUUGAUCUAGAUAUCAAGAAAACCAUUGAUCUAGAUAUCAACAAAAACAUUGAUCCAGAUAUCAAGAAAACCAUUUAUCUAGAUAUCAAGAAAACCAUUGAUCUAGAUAUCAAGAAGACCAUUGAUCUAGAUAUCAAGAAAACCAUUGAUCUAGAUAUCAAGAAAACCAUUGAUCUAGAUAUCAAGAAAACCAUUGAUCUAGAUAUCAAGAAAACCAUUUAUCUAGAGAUCAACAAAAAACAUUGAUCUAUAUAUCAAGAAAACCAUUGAUCUAGAGAUAAACAAAAAACAUUGAUCUAGAUAUCAGCAAAACACAUUGAUCUAGAGAUAAAAAAUAAUAUUGAUCUAGAUAUCAAUAAAACCAUCUUUAUAACAAAUUAUGGUUCAAUGAUCACAACAUGUUGGGAUGGAAUAAAGGUUUAAAAAUAAAUUAAAAACUAGUGACCUCCUGCCUGACCUACUUAAAUGAAGCUUGACCCCCCGCCCCCUUUUUUUUCUUCCUUAGCCAAUGGGUAUAAUUCCAGUUUAAAACGCAUAUGUACUUUUUUAAAAUAGAAAUACAAUGCCAGUUUGUUAUAUUGACAGGUGAGCCACAUUCAGAUGGUGAGCCUGGAGACUUGAGGUUUAGAAUACGACAAGUCAAGUGAGUCUUUAAAGCUAUGAACUAACACAAAUUGUCCCAUGGUGGUAUAUCUAAAUGUAGUAUUACUAGUAAGAUAUUUACUUGUUUAGAAAAAAUGAACUUAAAAAACAUAACUCUGGUUCUUGAACGUAAGGGUUGUAUAUUUCCUAAACUUUUUUUCACGUCACUUCAUAUUGCUCAGAUACAUUUACAUUCUAUGUCAACCAUUGUUUGUAUGUUGCACAGACACGCCCGGUUUGAGAGGAGGGGAGAUGACCUCUACACCAAUGUCACUGUAUCCUUAGCUGAUGCUCUGACUGGAUUUGAGAUGGAUAUUAAACAUUUGGAUGGACAUAAGGUAGGCAUUUGGAUGGACAUAAGGUAGGCAUUUGGAUGGACAUAAGGUAGGCAUUUGAAUGGACAUAAGGUAGGCAUUUGGAUGGACAUAAGGUAGGCAUUUGGAUGGACAUAAGGUAGGCAUUUGGAUGGACAUAAGGUAGGCAUUUGGAUGGACAUAAGCUAGGUUUUGUGGACAGUGUUUCAACUUGGUGGAGUUGGUGACUAGUGUCUGAAUCCAGGGGACUUGAUGGAUGAUAGUUUUUCAAGAUCCUACCUCUUGGAUCUAUUUCACUCUCACACAUUUUUUUUUCAAUAUUUAUAUUUUGCCAUGAAGGCACAAAAACCAUUAAUUUAUGAAUAAAUAAUGUUUUUGUUCUUUUAUACUUGUGAAUGUCCCAGGUUCGUGUUGUACGAGAUAAGAUCACGUGGCCUGGAGCCAGAAUGAGAAAACCCAACGAGGGAAUGCCCAACUACGAGAACAACAACGUGAAGGGCUCCUUGUUCAUAACAUUUGAUAUUGAGUUUCCAAAGGGAGUUUUCACUGAUGAGGAGAAGAAAGGUAGGGAUAUCAAACUAUCUCAUCACAUUAAGACUGUGACAUUAGGAAAUGAGAGUUGUGACAGUAAGAAUGACCAUUAUGUCAUUAGGAACGAGAGUUGUGAUAAUAAGAAUGACAAUUAUGGCUGUUACUGGUACUUUCAGAAGAUAUUAAUUUUGUUUUAAAGUUUUAUGUGUUUUAAAAAUGGUUGAAGAUUAAUUAUUAAUUUUUAAGGCUUAAUUAGAUUUCUUAUUUUUAAAACAAUGAUCAAAUGGUGUCGUCCGCCCCCCCCCCUCCAUUUCACUAGUUUGUUUAGUCCAAAAACCCUUUUUGAUUUGGUAAGCACCUUGUACAUGCAGGAUAUACUCACUGCUAGCUUUCAGUUGAUCAACUCUCACUUUUAUGAUUGGACAACCUUUUCUCAUGUUUCUGCCGCCAAUAACAUCUUAAAAUUUUCUUCUGUGUUCCAGGAAUUAAAAGUAUACUGAAGCAGGACAGCAAACAAGCAGUAUAUAAUGGUUUGCAAGGGUUUUAAUGAGCUGUCCCAUUGUUAGGUAUUAUUAUCCCUGUAAAUAAAUGUUACAUUUCCAAUGUCUGCUUGGCUGAUGCUCACGAUCCAAGCUUCAUAUUUUAUCUUAACUUUUAUUUAUUUUUUUUUUAAUAUUUAGCUCUAACAUUUCUACACUCUAAGAUAAUUUAUGGUUAAAUUUUUCAUUUAAGAAAAUUUCAGCCUAUUCUCUGCAGUUUAUAAAAACAAGAAAUUAAUCUUGUGGCAA